AUGAGCGCUGCUUCUUCCCGCACAAGCCAUGGCAGAGCUAAGUGCAAGCGACUUGGAGACCUCGGUGAACUGGCUGAUACUUCGUGCAACGAUAGUGACAUGGAGGAAGUCGAACGCCGACCUGCUCGAGCAUAUACCAAGUCCGCUUCGGUCAAGGCCAGAUCCCAGACUGUGAAUCACAAGGAGCUUGAUGAGAUCAAUGAACUCGCUGAGUCACCGGAUAAAGAUGUCGUUGGGGGAGCUAUGAAUGGUCUUCCUCUAGAAGGGGAUGCACCAAAGAUAAGUGGCCGCACCGCGAAGACCACGAAAGAAAAGCAUGAUGAAAGGGCUGACUCCAUGCAUGAGAACGAGAAACCCGAGGAGCUCGACGAAACUCAUGUCUGA